AACCCCUACUAUUUACAGAUAAGUGAAACAGCAUGCUUUAUUAAAUCCAUAAUAAACAUUUAAAACUGAUCUAUAACACAUAUAUAGAUAGAUAGAUAGAUAGAUAGAUAGAUAGAUAGAUAGAUAGAUAGAUAGAUAGAUAGAUAGAUAGAUAGAUAGAUAGAUGGAUAGAUAGAUAGAUAGAUAAUGUUAUCACUUGACAUACUGUAGUUACAGCGAAAGUUAUCGUCUUGGAAAAUUUGUUAUAAUAAUAAUAAUAAAUUGCCCUUAAAUUGAAAAGAAAGAAUAUGCAAAAUGCUUUACUAGCCUAUAUCAUGUAAAAAUCAAAUUAGCUGUAUCACAAUCUCAAUGUAAACAAUGCAAGCUCAAACAAACCUGACACACACUUUUGCUUCUCGUGGUGGAAGCGUAACAAUAUUUUAAGGAAAAGUGUGCCCUCUCAUGGCCGGGAAAAAAGAAGACUAGCAUCCAAAGUUUGACUAUGUGAACCGAGACGACACAACAACAGAAGAGUGAGUUACCGUCCGCGUGACGUUGACAGCGUGCGCGAUCAAAAGAAUUCUGAGCAGUGAUUGGCCAUCAAUCAAACCAGAGUGAUGUCGUGAAGUGUGUCUCCUAGCAACCGGCGAGUGUCGUCUUGUUUUUUGUCUCGUUCAGACCAGCAGGCUUUAGUUCAGAAUCAGACAUGGAAAUAUACGAACCGGAAAAUGAAGAUCCUCUGCCGAAGCGCGUGAUUCAGCGUGACACAGAUGUGACCCACCUUCAUCUCACCAGAAGAGGAUUGACUUACAUUCCUGAUUUGUCAAGGUUCUCCAUGUUAAGAUGCGUGUGGCUUAACAAUAACAAGAUCCGAGAGGUUUCCAGAGCUUCAUUUAACUGCUGCUUAACAGAACUGUAUCUACAGAACAAUGACAUUCUCUCAAUUUCAGGGGCAUUGAGACACCUGACAUGUCUUCAAGUGCUGCUCCUAUUCAAUAAUCAGAUGAAGUGUCUGGAGGAGACCGUGUCAGAGCUGAAGAACAUGCAGGACCUCCACACUCUCUCUUUAUAUCUGAACCCCUUCACACAAGAUCCUGAAUAUCACCAAUAUGUGCUGCACCAUUUGCCAUCUGUGAGGUUUUUAGAUACAAAAGAAGUGAAGCAGGAGGAAAGGAGACGGGCAUUUAAGCUGUUCAGUGUAGAAAGACAGAGGGUGCUUGAUACUAUCGCCUUUGGCAGACGAGCACUGCCGCCUCCUGCAGGAAGAAAAUUGACCAGCUCCACCACAAAACAAGCAGGUCAUCAUGGCUCAAGAAAGAGGUGUGCAGAGUCAAUGUCAAACAGUCAUUCUGAUGAUCGCGAAAAGCCAUCAGUGCCCAAAUCCAUCAUACAGUUCUCCAUUAUGAACUGGACUGGUACAAGCACGUCUCAGUGGAACCAUCUAGACGGCUUGAGCAAACCUGCGUCUGGUAUACUCACUGUCAAACUCAGAUGA